CGAUUCGGAAUCCAAAUUCAAAAUCUUUUUCAUUAAGAGAGUGAAACCCAUCGACUGUAUACAAAUGAGGAAGUGGACGAUCCCUUCCGUCCUGUUUCUGUUAUGCCUUUUGUUCCUUCUUCCAGAUCAAGGUCGGAGGAUACAAGCAAAUGCGGAAGCUGAAUCUGACGUCCCUGUUGAUCCGCCAAAGGUUGAGGAAAAAUUUGGUGCUAUUCCACACGGUUUAUCAACCGAUUCUGAUGUUGUUAAAAGGGAAUCGGAGUCUAUGUCAAGGAAAACUCUGCGAGCUGAUGCGGAGAAAUUUGAGUUCCAGGCUGAGGUGUCUCGGCUUAUGGACAUUAUUAUUAACUCCCUUUACAGUAACAAGGACAUCUUCUUGAGGGAGCUGAUCUCGAAUGCAUCAGACGCGCUGGACAAGAUUAGAUUCCUGUCACUUACUGACAAGGAGGUACUUGGGGAAGGUGAAAACACUAAGCUUGAGAUCCAGAUUAAACUGGAUAAAGAAAAGAAAAUUCUUUCCAUUCGUGACAGAGGUAUAGGAAUGACUAAGGAGGAUUUAAUAAAGAACUUGGGAACCAUAGCUAAAUCUGGAACUUCAGCCUUUGUUGAGAAGAUGCAGACAAGUGGAGACCUUAAUCUGAUCGGACAAUUUGGUGUUGGGUUUUACUCGGUCUAUCUUGUAGCUGACUAUGUUGAGGUCAUCAGCAAGCAUAACGAUGACAAACAAUAUGUCUGGGAGUCAAAGGCUGAUGGGGCAUUUGCCAUUUCUGAAGAUGUAUGGAAUGAACCUCUUGGUCGUGGAACUGAAAUUAGAUUGCACCUUAGAGAUGAAGCAGGAGAAUAUUUGGACGAGUACAAACUAAAGGACCUGGUGAAGAAAUACUCUGAAUUCAUCAACUUCCCUAUAUAUCUCUGGGCUAGCAAAGAGGUUGAGAAGGAGGUUCCUACCGACGAAGACGAGUCAAGCGAUGAAGAGGAAACAUCUGAAACUAGCCCUUCUGAAGAUGAAGAAGAAGAUGAUUCUGAGAAGGCAGAAGAUGAGAAAAAGCCCAAAACUAAGAAGGUGAAGGAAACCACUUAUGAGUGGGAGCUUUUGAAUGAUGUGAAAGCUAUAUGGCUUCGGAAUCCAAAGGAGGUGACAGAGGAAGAGUAUACGAAAUUCUAUCACUCACUUGCAAAGGACUUCAGUGAUGAGAAGCCCCUUGCUUGGAGUCACUUUAAUGCUGAAGGUGAUGUUGAGUUCAAGGCUGUACUAUUUGUCCCUCCUAAGGCUCCUCAAGAUUUAUAUGAAAGCUACUACAACUCCAAGAAAUCCAACUUGAAGUUAUAUGUCAGACGGGUCUUUAUCUCUGAUGAAUUUGACGAAUUGUUACCCAAGUACUUGAGUUUCCUAAUGGGUCUUGUUGAUUCUGACACCUUACCCCUCAAUGUCUCAAGAGAAAUGCUUCAGCAGCACAGCAGCUUGAAGACAAUUAAGAAGAAACUCAUCCGCAAGGCUCUUGACAUGAUACGCAAGAUUGCUGAUGAGGAUCCUGAUGAAUCUAACGACAAGGAUAAGAAAGAUAUCGAAGAAUCCAGUGCAGACAAUGAGAAGAAAGGUCAAUAUGCAAAGUUUUGGAAUGAAUUUGGAAAGUCAGUAAAACUUGGUAUUAUAGAAGAUGCAACUAACAGAAAUCGCUUGGCUAAGCUCCUCCGAUUUGAGACCUCAAAAUCAGAUGGUAAACUAACUUCGCUAGACCAGUACAUCUCAAGGAUGAAGACUGGACAGAAGGAUAUCUUCUAUAUAACUGGAGCUAGCAAAGAGCAGUUAGAGAAAUCACCAUUCCUUGAGAGGCUAACAAAGAAAAAUUAUGAGGUGAUUUUCUUCACGGACCCCGUAGAUGAAUACCUAAUGCAGUACCUUAUGGACUAUGAAGACCAUAAGUUCCAAAAUGUGUCCAAAGAGGGCCUGAAACUGGGCAAGGAUUCGAAAGCCAAAGAGCUCAAGGAGUCAUUUAAGGAGCUAACCAAAUGGUGGAAGGGUGCUCUUGCUAGUGACAAUGUAGAUGAUGUCAAGAUUAGCAACCGUUUGGCCGACACUCCUUGUGUAGUUGUGACAUCGAAAUACGGUUGGAGUGCCAAUAUGGAAAGAAUCAUGCAGUCACAAACUCUUUCAGAUGCUAGCAAGCAGGCGUAUAUGCGGGGUAAAAGGGUGCUUGAGAUCAACCCUAGGCACCCAAUUAUUAAGGAGCUUCGGGAGAGAGUAGUAAAGGACCCUGAGGAUGAGAGCGUGAAGCAAACGGCUCAGUUAAUGUACCAAACAGCAUUACUGGAGAGUGGUUUCCUGCUCAAUGACCCAAAGGAUUUUGCCUCCCGCAUCUACAGCUCAGUUAAGAGCAGUUUAAAUGUUAGCCCUGAUGCAGCAGUUGAGGAAGAAGAGGAUGUUGAGGAACCUGAAGCUGAAACUGAUGACAAAGAAGCUGCUGCCAAAGAUGAUUCUGAUGCCAAGGACGAAUUAUAGAUUAGUCCAGAAGAAUGUCCUUUCUCUAGAUAAAACUACGUAGUAGUCACAUGCUAUAAUCAAAGUGCAUGUGGAUAAUUUAAGUUUACAAUUGUUAGUCCGUAGGGUAAUGUUACAAGUUAUCAGGAUUUUUGUCUGUCUUGCAUCUUCACAGAUUUGUGUAUGAGAACGUUGCUGAGUUUUCUGCAACAUAAUGUAAUCUGCGAUCCUUUUCCCCCUAUUUACCUCCAGCUACUAUCCUUAUAGAUACCCUUGCUAAGUA